CAUUCCGUGAAAACUCAAAGUCCCACAAUGCUGUGUAAACGGCUGGGUAAAUCGCGCCUGCGCGGUAAGCAAUCCCUCUUUGGACCUACGUCUCCACUGAAACGAUGGCCAAGCGUACCAAGAAGGUGGGGAUCGUUGGUAAAUAUGGCACGCGUUAUGGCGCGUCGCUGAGGAAGAUGGUGAAGAAAAUUGAAAUCUCCCAGCACGCUAAAUACACCUGCUCAUUCUGUGGCAAGACCAAGAUGAAGAGGAGGGCUGUUGGUAUCUGGCACUGUGGGUCCUGCAGGAAGACCGUGGCAGGAGGCGCCUGGACAUACAACACAACGUCAGCUGUCACAGUCAAAUCUGCGAUCAGGAGACUGAAGGAGUUGAAGGACCAGUAAACCAGUGCAAGAGUCACUGGUGGAUUUGGGACUUUUUCUGUAAUUCAAACAACCUGGACACGGCCUCAACACCACAAAUAAAUCAGUCUGGAGCGGAA